GCAAAUCCACCCACAGAGACACUGCAACAACAAACAAACAAAAAAACAUGGCUCAAGAAUCGCACCCACUCCUUGCUCUCCUCCUGAUGAUCUUCCUCAUGGUCGCCAAAGUCGACGGCCUGUGCAUGGGCUGCAUGAACGACCACAUCGUCGUCAGCCAGCUCGCGGGCGGCGGCGGCGUCCACACGGUGUUCAGGGUGACGGUGACGAACCGGUGCUGCUGCGCGGUGAGGCACGUCGUGGUGGCGGCGCCGGGGUUCCGGAGCGCCAUCCCGAUCGACCCCAGGCUUUUCCGGCGGAUCAACAGCGUCGACGGGGAGGAGUACCUCGUCGGCGACGGCGAGGCGGUGCCGGCCAACGGGAGCGUCACCUUCUCCUACGCGUGGCGCGCCAUGUUCAGGAUAAGCGUCGUCGGCAUCACUGUAUCGAACUGCUUGUAAGAUAGAUUAGCACAUCCAAUUGAAAUGGAUGCGUGAGGAUUCGGAUUGAUGGAUUGGUGAGGAUGACCGAUGUGACGACGUACGUGUUGAGCUACAUCUACAUGGCAAACUGAAUAAUUCAGAAAACAAAAAAGGAUCAUUAAUUUGCCUGCUC